AUGAUCAUAAUCAUAGAUGAUUUCUUUGAUGAGAAGGCUUCCUUGGACGAAUUACACAGGCCUACAAAUGUCAUUAUGAGGUGGAAUAUAGAUAGCUUAUCGGGUACAAGUAGUAUCAUCUUCAAUGCCUUAGACAAACUUGUUGAUAAAAUUGCUCACCAUAAUCUUUAUGUUAAGGGAGUGCUUCAAGAUAUUUGGUAUGAAACUUUAGACUCAUGGCUAAUAGAAGCAAUGUGGAGCAAAAACAAAUAUUUUCCAUCAAUUCAAGAGUACCUACCCAAAAAUCUAGAGUUUUUGCUUGUUGUUGCUGGGAAGAACCUCUUACACAAAAUGUUGUUCAUUUUCUUAGUUAACUCAAACUAUGAGUUUCUUUGA